AUGUCCUCCAAAUUCGUUGAAAUCUUCCCCGAAGACGACAACCCCCGCGCCUCCCCCAGGCGCAUCUCCUCCUUCGACGUCCGUCUCGAAGACGUCCUAGCACACCAUGAGGCUUCGAUAGGUUUCCGGUCACGCUCCUCCACAUUCUCCUCCAGCAAAGCCAGUCUAGUCGACAAGAUGCCAACCUACGCAUCGUCGUCAACCAUCUUCUCCUCAUCAACAUCCGCACCGUCAAGUUCGUCGUCGGGGUCAUCAGCAUCGGGGCCAACAUCGGCAACAUCUUCGCCCCCAAAUCCGUCCUCGUCACGGUGGAAACGCCUCAGCAAUACUAUUCUCGGCUCGCGGCGGGCGUCGUGA